UGCGGUAUUGCUAGCGGUCACAAAGCUAACCCAUUAGCACCCCGUUACUGCUGACUUGACCUGUUCAUCAUAUGAGGCAGAUGCAGCCUGGAGACACGUGAUCCAAGUGUUGAGCCGUCAUCGGUUUGAGAUUUCACUGAUGGAUCCUAUUGAGGACUACAAGUCUCCUUUCAGCUUUGAGGAAGGCUUUAACACCAACUACCUUUACUUGUCCCCUAAAGAGAGCUUCACUCCACUCAGCUCACCAGCACUGCCAUGCAGAGGUUCUCAGAGACCAGACUCCAUCCCAGAAGUGGGGGAAGAUGCAGCGAGCGCCCUGCAGCCCGCCUUUAGCACAGCCCUUACAGAGGAGGAACAAGAGGAGCUUCGCAGUGAACUGGUGAAGGUGGAGGAGGAAAUCCAGACUCUUACUCAAGUGCUGGCUUCUAAGGAGAGGCACUUGGCAGAGAUCAAGCGGAAGCUGGGAAUCACUCCAUUCAAUGAGCUUAAACAGAACCUGAGCAAGAGCUGGCAGGAAGUCACUACAUCCACAGCGUAUAAGAGGACGUCAGAGACGCUGAGCCAAGCCGGCCAGAAAGCCACAGCAGCAUUCUCCAGUGUGGGUUCAGCCAUCAGCAGAAAGCUGGAGGAUGUCAGUAUACGCUCCAUACAACACUCCACUAGCAUGCCUGUGAUGAGGAACACUCCCACCUUCAAGUCAUUUGAGGACAAAGUGGACAGUUUAAAGACCAAGGUGAGCCCCACGGCAUCUUCCACCGAGCUUGGGAUUGAGUCAGAAUCGACGCCGAGUGCAGAGCCGGUGGUCAAGCAGCCAGAAGGGACGACUGUUCUGACUCCAGAGCUACAAUGAGCAACAGCUUCUUCACCUCACUCACAGCCAGUCUCUUCGCUUCUUCCACCUCUUCUCCCCUCCGCUUCUUCCAUCCUAACAUCAUACAUAGCUGAAAAACAAAACUGCUGCUCUGUGCUCACUUUCUUUCCUUCAAACUCGUUAGGAAAAAUGUAUUCAUAAGAAAUAUAUCACAUGGACGAAAGAUGAGCUUUUAUGAGUUCACAGUUCUCUAACAAUAUCACUCGCUGUCUAGGUUUUGCACUACAUGGAUUAAUUUUUUAUUUGAGGUCCGUUAACUGCAAUCAUUUCGUCCACUGAAUGUUCGCAUCAGUCUGGUAUCCAGAACGUGUGGUAGGCAGACACUGGAGCUGAUCUUGGGUCAGGUGGAGAUGAAUGAACACUUGGGGCGUCACACGUUUCUAUACAACUUCUGACCUUUGUCUGUUAUCUGCUUGGUUUUCUUCCUUAAAACCAUCCAAACCCCAACGUGUAUGCAUACAAAAAUGACAUAGGGGAUGAAGUCUACACUGGUAGCCCAGCCCAUACAUGACCUUUAUUUGCAGUUUUGCUAUUAAGGAUAAAUAGUGAAGCUGCCAUUAGAAGCUCAGUUAAGACAUUUCAUAGAGAAAAUGUUUUUGUAUUCGUUACGUUUCACUCUAAAUUAGACACUGCCAUAAAAUAGCACUAAGAAGUUACUCUAACCUCAUAGCAAAUGACGACGUUUCUACUACAUAUUUUCCCUGUUCCCCGAAGCCUAAGUGUUGUGGCUUCACCUUCACAGGUAGGUUUAGCCUUUAAUAACGCAAAUGGCAAAAAUAGUGUGUGAAUUGUUUUGGGAACAGAAGCCAUGUCUCACACUUUGUCAUUUAGAUGAAUAAAGCUGGAUAAUAGUAGCAAAAUGCUAUAUGAUAUAUAUGAUAAAAAAAAACAAGUUUAUAUAUUACCAAAAAGCUAAAAUAUUGAAAACAAUUAAGUGCUUAGUGUAGAAUUGUUAAUGUUCAGAUUUAAUAGAGAGAUAAAUAGAAAGUCUAGACUAGAAAGACAAAUCUAUGGAAAUGUAGAUGAUGUAUUGCUUAUUUAUUUCUUCAUAUAGCUCCACAAGUUUGAUUUUGUAGUUCAUUUUCCUAUAACAGCAAUAUCUUGAAGUUUUUAUUCUUCAUGUACUACAGAGAGGUUACAAUAAUUUUUUAUUCAUAAAAGAAUCACAUAAGUUUUGUCCAUUUAUAGUUACACUGUUUUUCAGUUUGUCUGUGAAAUGUUUGGUUCUUGUUUUCACUCUGCUUUCUUUUUCUUUUUUGUCUUAAACCCAAUAAGACAAACUAUGCAGCUUGUACUGAGAAGCAUUUCAUCCUGAGGAAUUUCCUGUAGCAGACAACUUGCUAGCAGAUUUAUUGUUACUACAGUAUGACUGAUAAGAGAGCAUUGACACUAGAAAUGCUACUAAAAUUUAUUUGGAGAGCCUUUUUACUAUGGAAAUGAUAACCUAUUGAAAGAUUGCACUAAUAUUGGUGUGAUUUGUCAGAGCUGCUGUAAGAACUUCACUCAGCACUUUCUAUCCGUUUAGUAAUCGAACAGCGCCAUGGUACCAGUCACUUUAUUUCACUACAACAAGGUCAUACAAUAUGCAGUUUGUGACAUUUCAUUACUGAGGUCUUUUAGCAUGUUCAAUAAUAUUACAGGCACAACUAGCUCUGAGUUUUAUUUCACAGGUUUUGGCUUUUCUUAAAAAUGUGAAAAAGUUUCCACUCAGUUGUUUAUAAUCGAAAAACAAGGCUCUGAAUCUACUGUACUUCAGGAUUCAGCAAGACCACCAUCUUGUCCAAGUCCUUAAUCCACUUGCAGGUAAACAUGAGCUGUAGAUGUACUGAUCACACGGGAACAGUGGGUUUGGGUGUUGAUAUCGGCUUCCUCAGCUGUUUGACAUUCCCCAUAUAUAUUUUUUUUCAACUUUAGCAGCUCUUGCUAAGAAGCCACUUCAUUGCAAUGUAGAGUUUACACCAAAUUUAUAAGUCAAGCUUGUAAAAGUUUGUUUGGAUGCAAAAACAUUACUAUUUUUCUGAUUGUUUUCUAAAAUAUUUUUUUAUAUGCAGCAGCAAUGAUAUUUGUGCCACUUCUUAUAUGUCAGACACUGAUCCCUUUAUUUAGUACAUUUGGACUUCUGGAUAUGAAUUAUGACAUUAGUUCUGUCCACAGUUCAUCUCAUCUAUUACGCUCUGUUUCUGAUGAUUUUUCCCCUGAAGGCUUUGUGCGCACAUCUCUGACAAGUUUUUGCAUUGUGAGCUAAAUCACACAUUGUUGAUUCAAAUAGAAAAUGCUAAAUCAACUGUUUUUCCUUUGUACUGUAUGUCUGCGCCUAAAUAAAGCACAAGAAUUAUA